UCCCGCGGGGGUGAAAUAUAAACCAUCGCCUCAUUUCCCAGAAACCAUCGCUUACGAGUCUACGCCCAAGAAGGACUCCAUGGCCGAAGAUGUGUGAAGAAAGGCAAGGAAAUUCGUCAUUGACCGGAAAGUGAUAAAAUUCAACAAAUAUUCCGUGAAUGUUAUAGAAUCAUACACUCUGCCAAGGCCCUUUGAACGAGUCUCUGUUUCGCAUAUAUCAGGGGAUCGGAAUAUAUUUCGUGUGGUUACAUAUUAACCGACGCCAAACAGAAGCCCUCAUCGGCGUUUUCUUACCCAGACAACACGAUGAAUUUGAAAGAGUAUAAAGUCGUGGUCUUAGGCUCAGGAGGAGUUGGAAAAAGCGCUUUGACAGUUAAAUUUGUCACCGGACAAUUUGUGGAAAAAUAUGAUCCAACGAUCGAAGACUUUUAUCGCAAGGAGAUCGACGUCGAUAACAGUCCCUCCAUUUUGGAAAUUUUAGACACCGCCGGCACGGAACAGUUCGCUUCCAUGAGAGAUUUAUACAUCAAAAAUGGUCAAGGAUUUCUUCUUAUAUACUCUCUUUUAAACCGACAAACAUUCAAUGACCUAAAGGCAAUAAAGGAUCAAAUUCUCCGCGUGAAAAACAUGGACACGGUCCCAAUGAUUCUUGUUGGAAAUAAAAGUGACAUGUUCGACGAACGCGAGGUGUCUGCUAAUGAAGCGAAACUUCUAGCCGAAGAAUGGGGAUGUCCGCACUUCGAGACCUCAGCUAAAACCAGUAGCAAUGUCGAUGAAAUGUUUUCAGAGAUCGUGAGACAAAUGAAAACAAGACAGAAGGAAUCUGGAAGUGGAGGAUGUUGUGUUUUGCUCUAACCUCAAUGCAAGGCCAUAAUUUUGUGGAUGGUUCGCGCACCUGAUCUUAAUACGAAAAACUUUGUCGAGAUAGUGAUAUAUAUUACGUCCACUUUACGUUUAAGGUCUGUGACACUAUGUGUCGAAGGUGACGCCUGUAUGUUAAAGCCUUUUUAACUUUUACAAGAGAAUUUUACCACCUCAGGCGAUGUCGUAAGUUCCGCUGUAAGUUUAAUUGCUAUGAAAUAGUGUUUUUUAUUAGAAAGAAUGUUUUGACUUUGUUUAAUUCUGGAGUUUUUAAACACUUUGUUAGAUUCUCUUCCUAAAGAGAACAAGAUUUUUUUUCAAGUUUUAAAGAUAUUUUAGAAAUAUGCGUUUUUUAAUCCCAUGUAGGUCAUAUUUCUAAACUCAUGACAACAAUGUAUGGAGCGUAACGAUGGAGACCUCUGUACUA